AUGUUCCAGGCCCUCUACACUAGUGCUGAGUUCCGCUGUCUUAUUCCUUUCAUUCACCUUUUCUACGGGACACCCUCCGAUCUCCUUUACCGGGGGAAUGGAGGGGUGACCACCAUUCACUCGGAGCGCGGGACCCGUCAGGGCGACCCGCUCAGCCCGUUCUUGUAUGCACUCACACAGCGCAUGGCUCUACAGCCAGUUCUAGCCGAGGGCGAUGUCCAGCUAUGGUCAUACGCAGAUGACACUUACGUGCUGGGCCCUCCUUCCAGGGUGCUACACCACUUCGCAGAGAUUGUGAGGCACUUGCGCGAGCUGGGCCUUGCGGUCCAGCCACACAAGUGUCUCGUCUACGGCAGGGAUUUUGUGACUUCCAGAGAGGUGGAGGCAUUCACGAGUCUGGAGAUCGAGAUCGCUCGCAGAGGACUCACCGUCACGGGAGUGCCGGUGGGCUCUGACGCUUUUGUGGAGAGGAGCCUACCUGAGCGUCUGGAGAGGAUGGGGCGCGUGUUGCCGUGGCUUCCGAGACUGCGCCAGCCCAAGACAGCGGCCCUGUGCGGUGCGAGCUUCCGACAGAGCUUCGCAUUAGAUGAUGUUGACCAGAUCGAUCGAUCACUGCGGACGGCGCUGGAGGGCCUCCCACGUGACAUCCUCUCUCUCUUCCCCCCCUGGCAAUCUUGUGUCUCUGCUGCCCCUGAUUCUCUUUUCACAGGAGGCGCAGGUGCAGGCGCGUGGUUGACGGCGGUGCCGUACGCAGACUCGCUGUGCAUCCCAGAGGCGCAGUGGCAGGUGGCCUCAGCUUUCCGUCUCGGCCUCCCUAUCCCCCAACUAGCCCUAGCUGGUCGGUGUUCUUGUGGGCACGCGAUCGAUGACAUGACGGAACCUCACCACGUGGUGCGGUGCUCCCGCUUCGGCGUCGCCACGGUCAUCCACGACACCGUGACAUACAUGCGUUGGGACUUUGCUUCUGAGGCAGGUUUCGCAGUGAAGGUGGAGGACACCACUUUGAUUCUGCAUCUGGAGGCAGCUAGAGCGCGACUGCAGGGACUCUCGGGGACGGGGGACGGGGUACCGGGACAGUCAGGGGCACCGUGGGGACAGCAGUAG